AACACAUUUGCCAGGACAGCGUUACAUGCAGGCGAGCGUAUGUAUGUGUGUGAGAGGGGGAAAAGUGAGUGAGGGUAUGCCAGCGUAGGUGUAGCGGUGUCGUCGAUCAGCAGCGGGCUCUUCGCAUUAUGCAGCCGACGGUACUGAUCACACUUUGAGGACUGACUCAUCCAGACCAGGCUGAGAAGACGAAUGGAUGAACAGACAGGGAGACAUUUUUUAGCUCAAAAAAUGCUCCAGGUCCUCCAAGAUCGUUCAAAGGUCUAGUCCUUUUCAGGGAUUGCUGGUAGCCCCCCUUGUUUCCUUACAAAUUGGAAUUGCAGACAGACAUCCAAAAUUUCCAAAACCUCCUGAAAGGAACAUAAAUCCUCAAUCAUUGUCUGACUCAGACACUUCAUAUUUGCUCCAGGGACUAGGACAAGAGGAUCUCCUGUCUUUCCAUAGUCUUGAAGACGGUUGCAGGAUCCUUUGCCAGUGCAGAGAGUGGGAGAUAAGAAGGCUGGCAGACAAGACGGGACAGACACAGGCAUGGCUCGCCUCAACUGGUGCCUGGCUGCUGUCAUUAGCUGGGGCAAGUUCCUCUUUGCCUGUUUCUUUCCUCUGCGAGGAGCCAAGCGAAACAAGCCCGACGAGCUGGAGGGCGUCCACACACACACCUUCAAGCUGAAGCCCUUCAAGAAGGCAAAGAGUUGUGAUAUAUGCAAGCAGGCCAUCACUAAGGAGGGUCUCAUCUGCAAAGCAUGCCGCCUGUCCUGCCAUAAAAAGUGUGAAGUGAAGGUCACCACAUCAUGUCAGACAGCGACCAGCUGUGAGCCGCCUCCCACUCCACAGCUGCCGCUAAAGCAUGUAGAUACACCGGGAUCUACAAGGUCCUGCAGAAGUGUGGAGGUUCUGAGAAAGCAGUCAGGCGCGCUUCAGGCCAUGGAGGAGAGCUAUGAGGUGGACCUGGUCUACAUCACCGAGAGGAUCAUCUCCCUCUCCUUCCCCGCCGCGGCCGACGAGCGCAGCUACGCCAACAACCUCAAAGAGGUGGCCACCAUGCUGCGGUCCAAGCACGGCGAACACUACCUGGUGCUCAAUCUGAGCGAGCAGCGGAACGACCUAACCAAGUUAAACCACAAGGUCCUGGAGUUCGGCUGGCCGGAUCAUCACGCUCCGGCGCUGGACAAGAUCUGCAGCAUGUGCAAAACCAUGGACACGUGGCUGAGCGGAGACCAGCGCAACGUCGUGCUGCUGCACAACAAGGGGAAUCGAGGCCGAACAGGCGUAGUGGUGGCUGCAUACAUGCACUACAGCAACAUAUCUGCAAGUGCUGACCAGGCGCUCGACAGGUUUGCCAUGAGGCGAUUCUACGAGGACAAAGCUCUUCCUGUCGGUCAGCCGUCACAGAGAAGGUAUGUGCAGUACUUCAACGGCCUCCUGUCUGGACACAUCAAGAUCAACAACAAGCCACUCUUCCUGCAUCAUGUCAUCAUGCACGGCAUACCCAACUUUGAAUCCAAAGGCGGUGAGUUCCCCAGCCAAAGGUCUGCAGGAGAGACGCAGCUUGCCGGCGCGUCUCACUCGUCUUGUUGCCGCUUCCCGACAGGAUGUCGGCCGUUCUUGAAGAUCUACCAGGCGAUGCAGCCGGUCUACACAUCCGGAAUCUACAAUGUGCAGGGAGACAGCAACACCAGUAUCUGCAUCACCAUAGAACCUGGACUGCUUCUGAAAGGAGACAUCCUGCUGAAGUGUUACCAUAAGAGAUACAGGAACCCGACCAGAGACGUGAUGUUCAGGGUCCAGUUCCACACUUGUGCCAUCCACGACCUUGGGGUCGUUUUUGGGAAGUCGGAGCUUGAUGAGACCUUCAAAGAUGAAAGGUUUCCAGAGUACGGGAAGGUGGAGUUUGUUUUCUCCUACGGACCAGAAAAAAUCAGAGGUCUGGACCACUUGGAGAACGGGCCAAGUGUUUCUGUGGACUACAACACCCAGGACCCCCUGAUCCGCUGGGACUCAUACGAGAGCUUCAGCCAUCCCAGUGAGGACGCAGUGGACACCGAGAACGACAUUGGUCAUACUCAAGGUCCACUUGAUGGAAGUCUUUAUGCCCGGGUCCGGAAGAAAGACUCCCUGGAGGGAGUUGUUACCAUUAAUGGCCUUCCAGUCCUUGAAAACCCCUUGACGAAUACAGAGGGCUCAUUGCAGCAAUCUAACCAUCACCUCCAAAAGACUGAGCAGUCCCUUCCAGUGGCAGGCCACACCUCCCUUCCUGCCGUAGAUCAUACCCUUUCUGUGAGCAGUGACUCAGGAAACUCUACCGCAUCAAUCAAGACUGAUCGAACUGAUGAGCACAGCCAUUCCUUGCACACAGCUGCAGGUCACAACAACUCAACUACACCCCACCCAACACUUAGCCCCCAGGAGAAACGAGAACUAGACCAGCUUCUUAGUGGCCUUGAGCCACCAACUCAGCGCCAGGCUUACUUGUCCACAUCUACCAGUCCAGGGGGAGGGGUUCGACACCUGGUUCCAGCGCAGGUGCAUGUCAACGGGGGCCAUACCAGGAUUCUUAGGGCACCCUCAAUAGAGGAGCGUGAAACUGAUAUCCUUGACGACGAGCUUCCUAUUAGUCAAGAGGGCAACAGCGUUGAUAGCUUGGGUACACUCUCAUCUUUAGAGGGUCAGGCAACGCCAGCGAGCCUCUACUACCAAUCACAGACACCUGUUGGUGGCCAGAACGACGGGCCGUACCUUGAGAGAAACGCUCUUGGGGAAAAGCUGAACGAAAUGCCUGUACAUGGAGUGCGAACUCCUACAGCAAUGCAGGAGAGGUCCGUAGAUUCACCAUCACCGCAGGUGGGGUACAACAACUACCAAAAUGGAGGAGGAAUGUACCAUUCACAGUCCAUUGGGAUUCAGCCACCCAGCAGCCCUGAGACCAACCCUAAAAUGAUGCCCAAAGCCCCGGAAAGGAGUACCAGUAGUCGAGAGGCAGUUCAAAGAGGUCUUAACCAUUGGCACCAGCAUAGUCUUCCAGAUGAUCCCUUUGGGCCUCCUCCUCAGUCAACCCACAGCCUCCCUCAUUUCCCAACCUCUGCCUCACAGCGAGACAUUGAACAGUCCAUAGAGGCACUUAACAUGCUAAUGCUUGAUCUAGAUCCAAUCAACUCGCACAUGUCUAAGUCCCACAGUGCACCACCUGGAGAUAACACCCUCAGUUCAUCCCAGAUACCAUUCUCUCAGACCCUGGCUAGGCCAUCCUACCAAGGGGAUUCUGCCAUCCAUGGCUACAACAACUUGGGGUCAAUGAACAGCACCUCUCAUCAGCGGCAACCUGGGAGGGUCCCAGCAGUGCCAAACCAGAGUCCCGUCACGGAGUCUCCAACAUAUUCACCCCAAAGGUCCAACACUGGUUACCCAUACCAAAACACCACCCCAACACACACCCCUGAGCCCUACCUCCACACACGCCAAGCAACCCAUCACUAUCCCAUUGAUACUUCCGCUAAUCUCAACCAGCAGUCUCCCCAGAAACUAAUAAACUCAACAAGCAGAGUUUCACACUCCCCAGACCUACAGGGGUCAUCGCCCUACCCAGGAUACAGCACCUCUUCUUCUCCUCUUCCUACCCUCACACCCCAACCCAAGGAAAUGUCUUCUUCUCCCUUGCCAAGAGAGCAAGAUGCAGAGGAGGAGACUCUGAACUUGGAAGGCCUGGUUGCUCACCGUAUCGCUGAGUACAACGCUCGUAUUCGGGGCAUCAGUGAAAGCAUGACAUCCCAACAAUCUGACCGCCAUCGCUCCUAUUCCUUCUCUGGAGUUCGUUCCAGAGGAAUGACCCCAGAGGUGACGCAGGAGACGGGCAGGCGCCGGACCACGAGCGAGGGACACUACCAGUGUGGUCAUGACAACGUCUCGGCAUCUCAUUCGCCGGAUUUCGCCAACAACCUGGCUCUGAAUCCAGGUGGAAGACCCAGAGAGGGUCUUAUGCACAGUUACCGGGAAGCAUUUGAGGAUGAUGAGAUUGGUCGCCAUGGAAAUAGUUCCUCUUUUGAAAGCAGUGCUCGAUCUACUCCAGGUUUGACGAAGACGCCUCUGUCUGCUCUGGGACUAAAACCUCAUCAACAAGGUGGAUCAGACUCUGAUUGUAAUAAUGCACAGCAAGAUGAUCGCAGCGCCGGGGACUCGAGACCACAACCGUUCCCAGCUCCUCUGUCCUUCAGCAGUCCUGUCCACACCACUGACGGAAGGAGGACUGGUUCUUCAGACAGCGCCCCCCACAGUCCCGCCUCCCCCUACACCAAUAGGCCCGCGUCCCCUGAGGGCUCCCAGGUCAACAUCAUGGGUGUGCACACGGUCCCCGGCAGCCCCAACACCCUCCACCGCACAGUGGCCACCAACACGCCUCCCAGCCCUGCCCUUCAAAAGCGCCUAGGUCAAGCCAGCCCCUCCCUGACCAGACACCAGCCCCCAUCCAGCCCUCUGAUAGGCAGAAACACUAAAACUGCAGCCGCCGCCGUCCCCCCGAGUCCACUGAUGGGGCGCCGCACGGCGUCGAGCGGCCGCAGCACACCCGAUGAGCUGGGGGCCGCCUCUCGCCAGGGGAGCGCCCAGCCGCCUCCCACCCCGGCCUUCCCCGUCUCCCCACAGCUUCCAGAGAAGAGACACAUGUCCAGCGGAGACGCAGAGAGGACAGACAACAGGAACCUGACGCCAGCCAGCGGUGGCAGCACGCCAAACCUUUCCGGCACACACGCCCUGCCAGACGUCUCCAAGUCCAUCUAUGAUGGUUAUCCAGACAUUAAGAUGAAUGUUAAGUUUGUCCAGGACACUUCGAGGUUCUGGUACAAGCCAGAUAUCUCCAGAGAACAAGCCAUUAGUCUGUUAAAGGACAGGGAGCCAGGGGCAUUCAUCAUUCGGGACAGCCACUCUUUCCGUGGAGCCUACGGUCUGGCCAUGAAGGUGGCCUGCCCCCCACCAACUGUCCAGCAAAACAAAAAAGCUGCCGACAUGACCAACGAGCUGGUGAGGCACUUCCUGAUUGAGACCAGCCCCAAAGGCGUUCGCCUGAAAGGUUGCCCCAAUGAACCCUAUUUUGGAUGUCUCUCUGCUCUGGUGUACCAACAUGCAAUGACUCCUCUGGCUCUACCCUGCAAGCUGAUGAUCCCCACCAAAGAUCCAAAUGAAGAGGCGCUGGAACUUGCUACACCCACUGAUCCAGUUGUUGAGCUUCUCAAACAGGGAGCUGUUCAGAAGGUUCCUGAGGAAGCCUAUGCAUGUAAUGUUCUCUUCAUCAACUCCGUGGACAUGGAGUCACUCACGGGGCCUCAGGCCAUUGCCAAGGCCAUUAGUCAGACACUGGCAACCAACCCACUCCCAGCGGCCACCACUGUCCACUUCAAGGUGUCCAUGCAGGGCAUCACCCUCACUGACAGCCAGAGAAAAAUUUUCUUCCGGCGACAUUAUCCUCUUAACACAGUUACAUACUGUGAUUUGGACCCCCAAGACAGAAAAUGGGUAAAAGAAGGAGGUGGAUCAGUAAGGCUUUUUGGGUUCGUUGCGAGGAAACAAGGAAGCACAACGGACAAUGUCAGCCAUCUGUUUGCUGAGCUGGACCCAGACCAGCCGGCCUCGGCCAUCGUCAGCUUUGUCUCCAAGACGAUGAAGCGGUGAAACCCUGAAACGUCAAACGGCAGUAGGCCGGGUUGCAAUCUUCCAUCAUCGUUGGCGUCUUUUUUAAAAGGACUCAACGUUGUCCUAUUUUUAUUUUUUUUUUAUUCCCGGUUUGUUUUCUUUGUUCUCGCCUUCUCUUUUUUCCCCUGUCUGCCUUGCUGGUGUGUCUUUCUCGGGAGCCGUCUCCAGCCGGAGGCGUCGGCACAGAGUGGAGCUAGCGGACGUGUGGAGUGGAGCUGAGCACGCGACAGGAACGCGACGUUGUAACGUUGAGUGACGGGAACAUGUAAGAACUUGUGGAUUUUUUUUGUGGAUUUUUUUAAAUUCCCCCGCCCCCCGUUCGUUUUGUUGAUUUACCAAAGGUAGUUGCAAUACAAGUGCAAGAAUGAUGUAGCUAGUAAGCCAUUAAUAUUUUUCUCUUUUUAAAAGAUGAAGUGAAACAAAAGACAAACAAAACGAGAAGAAAGAUUCUUCAGGAAAAAAAAAAAGAGGGUGGAAAAAAAAAAAAAACUUUCUGAAGUCGUUAUGCAUGUUAGCUUGAUCUUUAAAGCUCGGUUCUUCUACUUUCCACAAAAAAACGUAAAUGUGAACAACUUAGAGGUCAUUUUACGGGUCUGCUGUGUGUUGGAAAGGGCUUCGCAGUGAAACAACUGAUCUAAACUGCAUAGCAGACCUCAUCUACUUAAAAAAAAAAAACAAACAAAAAAAAAAACACAACCUUUAGGGCCAUUUUGUGUCGGUGCAAACCCAUGCUCGCUUUCUUUCAGCAUCCAGUCCUUUAAAAUAAAAGAACUGCUGUAGAAGCUCCAGCCUGAAAUCAUCAAGCCGCCUAAAGACGUGCAGACAGUCUGUCCACAAGAUGGCGCCACUGCUCCUUCCUUACAGACUUCCUCCAUCAGCACCUGCUUUGCAGUAACUGAUCUGUUUGUAAGACGCUGCCACAGAAACACACUGGAAACCACCGGGAACCGGCCCAAUGACCUGGACCUAUGCACUGUUCUUUAUGCAUGUUAUUGUCCCAAAAUGCACCUCCGUCAUAACUCCGUUUACCGUCACUGAGAACAUUCUUUGCCAUGCGUGUGCAAUUUAAAAAAAAAAAAAAAUGGGAUAAAGAAAUAUCUACCUUUAGACAAGAGUUAAACUUGUCAAAACCUGCAUGAAAUAGACAUUUUUUAGUCUUUUCAGAGUUCUGAAAAUUUGACAGAUUACUGAAGUAGCUAUUCUGAUGGCAAGUUUAUAUAUUUAUUUUUUUAUUACAUUUUUCUUUUUCUUUUUUUUUUUUCAUCCUGUUCUGUUCCGUUUGUGUAUUUCCUGUUGUUAUUGGUUCAUGUAAGCAAUAAGUUCUGAUUUUUAUUUUCUGUUACAGAGUCCUCCCACGUUUAACUAUUCAGGACCUUUUGAGACAAACAUUUUUAAAAUAUUUAUACAUUUUUGUCUGCUGAGAACAGAACUAGGCUGAACUAUAUGGACCCAGAACGGUUUUGGGUUUCUCUUUGUGAUUUGCGCUGCAAAAUUUGACAUUUUAGUACCUCAUAGAACAAAACAAACGAAAAAGCUAAAUGAAAUCAUUCAUUUUCUUUUCUUCCUUUGUAGUCACGUCUUUCUGAUUAUCAGGGAAUUCGACUUUUGCUCCUUUCAUAAAUGUUCAUUUCAUGUUUCACAUUUGAAGCAAAAAGGAUGCUGACAAAAAAAAAAGACAAAAUGUUCAGCAAAUAUUCUGAUUUUCUCCAGUUCUUUUUUUAAAUCAUUUUUUUGUGGAAACACUGCUGUUUGUUUCACGGUGUUGCAAAAAAAAAGAAAAGUUUUUUGGCACAUUUUGGGAAAUAUUUGAGAAGUGACGUACUCCAAAGUUUUUAUUUUUUAUUUUCUCUCUCUUUUUUUCUUUUUUUGUUGGUCCAUUUUAGCCUCAAUCCCUUCCGAGUGACAACCAGAGUUCAGGUCUCGUAUCUCCAGCUCUGGUGUCGUCACGUCGUCCCGUCAGCACAACGUGAGACGGGCUCACCUAUUUUCUGUUCAACCCCAAAUUUGUGUUCGUUACAAAAAAAAAAAACCUGAGAGGUUUUAACGAUUUUUAACGAUUUAACGAUUUUCUUUUGGAACAAAAGACAGGAAAAAAAAAAUACUGAAUACAUGCUUAAUCAUUACUAACUUAAAAAGUGUCUUUUUAUUUUUGUGUUUUUGAGUCAUAAUAGUUUCUCAUUGGAACUUGUUCUGUUUUUGCUAUGUAACUUUACAGUGUUUCAAUCAUUUCAUUUCAAUACUUUUGAGGACAAAGGGAGAAAAACCUACAAAAUAUCAAGAUUACUUUUCAUAAGGAGACAAAUUUUAUUUAAUUUUGUUGUUUUCACCUAUUUUUUAUUUUAUUCUUUCAAGCUGUAGAGCAGAAAGGAGGGUUAAAAACUAGCGUUAAAGCCCGCUCGUUGAACACACAUUCAACUCGGUUGUCGUUGAUUUGAGCCAGGUUUCCUUUUGGUAAGAACAGUGUAGUGCAAAGUGAGUUUCUUCACUUUUAAGCGUCGUCAGAUUUCACGUUUAGCUACCUUCUGGAACGACAGAGGAAAAACAACACACUGUGCGCAACACCUGCUUGCUGACCCACAUGCACUCACAAUAAGCUAAUGAAAAAAAAUUGAUACUGGUAUAAAUGUACAUAGAUAUACUUCUUUGAACGGUGACAUAGCGAAAAAGUAUUUAUUUUUAUUGCUUUGUUCCCUCAUGAUUACUAAUAUAUAGAUAUAUUGUACAGUCUCGAUAAAGACAAAAUGGGUUGAGAAAAAAAAAACUUAUUUUGGCUAAUGAUUUCAAAGUCUGAGGAUUUUGAGAUGUGUUUGAAUAUAUGGUGUACAUUACUUUGUACAUGUACGUUUCUUUUUCGGCUCAUUGUAUUAUUGUUAUUUUUUAAUUUUUUUUCCGUUUUGCUUUCUCUCAGAAAAGAGGCGGGGCAUGAAUGAGCUAAAGUUGCAUGGACAGAAGCUGAUGAGCGUUUUCUUGCGUGCAGAUGCAUUUGUAGAGUUUAGAUAUUUUUUUGUUUGUUUGUUUGUUUUUUCAAGAAAAAAAAAGAAAAAAAAAAGAGGAAGUUCAGAAGCCAGACCUCACUGCAAUAUGUACUCAUGCUGGUUCCAUUUAUCAUUUUGCCAAAGAUUGCAUUUCUUCGUGCCGCUUCGUUUUAUACCAAAUGGCUUUUCUGUUUCCGAUUUCUUCAAUUGAAUUUGCGGACGUUUCCCAACAGGAGAGGACACACACAAGUGUUAUGGGACGUACAGUUGACUCACUCUACUACGAAUGUUUUAUUUUUAUUAUUUUUUUCCCCAUUUGUUUGUACUGAGGUCUCAGCGCUCCAAAAAUGUGUCCGCCUCCAUCGCCUGUGGAGGGGGGAAAAAAAACAACAAAAAAAAACGAGCCUGCUGUGCAUCGGAGGAGCACAAACACACAAAUGUCCACAAUAGAGAGGAGUGGCGUAAAUUUCGUAUGGGUGUCAGUGCUGGAGGUAAAUAAAGUCCGAAGUGUCUCACGGCGAUGCUAAAACCUCCACAGCUGCAGCUUUGUCCGACUGCCAAAGGUCUCUUUUGAGAGUCAGCGGAUUAUUUAUUCUUAUUUAUUCUUUCAGUUCGCGUUUGUGUCACUUUCCUUUUUGAAGCGAUGGCGAUUUUUCGGAAUGUACAAUGGCGCGGAGGGGGGUUACACCGGGCUUGAUUUGAGAACUAACAAGCUUCUUCCCAUCUGUAGCCAUUUGGAAAGAAAAAAAUAAUAAUAAAAUGCCAUAAUUAAAUGUUGCCUAAAUGAAUAUUUAUAUUGAAUUGCAUUGUACCUGUUGGCUUUGAGUCAAGAGUUACCUUAUGUAAUAAAAAAAAAAUUAAAAAAAGAUUGUUUGACCUCUUGACAAAUGGCAUUUGUCUGUUGUAUGAAUGUGUUGCAGAGGAUGUACAAAAGAGUCUCAGAUUUUGUUGCUCUUGUCAUUUACAUUAUACUGUCAUGGCUUACCUGUUCCGAAUGAGAAAAAAAAAAGACAUUAAAGCAAUACAGAUCAGUUA